AUGUCCGACCCGCGAUUCGCCAGGCUGCGCACGGACCCGCGCUUCCGCAAGGUCAAGCGCAAGGAGGACAAGGUUGUCGUCGACGAGCGCUUUAAGGGGCUCUUCGCGCAGGAGAAGGGGAAAUCAAGAUUAGAGCGAGUGGACAAGUAUGGUCGGUCGGUGUCGAGCAAGAAGGACCAGGAUGACUUGAAUCGCUACUACCGUCUCGAGAGGGGCGAGGACGAUGAGAUCCUCGUUGGCUCGAAGCCCGGCCCGGACUAUGCGCGCGGAGCGGUGCUUAUGGAGUCUUCGGAUGAGGAGGAAGAUGAGGAGGACAAGGGGGCGGACGAUAGCGACGAAGAGGGGGAGGUAGUGCUAGGGCAGGACUCCUCUCGCCCGAUCGCCGUCCCCCGCGAUGACGAGGACGCCGAGAUCGACCUUGACGAGGACACCGUCGCCGUCCUCGACGCUCAGGUCGCCGCCUACGAGAAGACCAACCCCCUCCAGGCCGUCGCCGAGGGCUCCCGCACCAACCGCCUGGCUGUGGUGAACCUCGACUGGGACCAUGUCCGUGCGAUACAUCUAUACAAGAUCUUCUCGUCCCUCGUGUCACCGACUGCUCCUACUCUGUCCUCAGGGAAAGUCAAGGCGCAAGGGAAGACGGCCAAGGGCGCGGUGGGGGGCUCACAUCCUAUAGCGCGCGGCAAGGUGCUUAGCGUGCGUGUGUACCCGAGCUCGUUCGGCAAGGAGAGGAUGGCGCGGGAGGAGGUGGAGGGUCCGCCUGCUGAGAUCUUCGGGAAGAAGAACGAGGUUGAUGAGGAGGAUAUCAACGAGCGCACGGUGUACGAGGUAGGAGAGGAGGGCAAGUACGACGAGGACGCGCUUCGCAAGUACCAGUUGGAACGGUUAAGAUACUACUACGCUAUCGUCGAAUGCGACACCGUCGACGCUGCAUCACAUAUCUACGCCGAACUCGAGGGCACAGAGCUCGAGCGGUCAGCGAAUGUCUUCGACCUCAGCUUCGUACCCGAUGGUAUGACUUUCGACGAGGAGCCCAGAGACGAGGCCACAAACGAAACCGACGCCCCAGACGCGCCUUACAAAGCCGUCGACUUCGUCACCGAUGCCCUCCGCCACUCCAAAGUCAAGCUCACCUGGGACGAAGACGACCCCGAGCGCGCCAAGGUCACCCGCCGCGCCUUCACCAAAAAGGAGAUCGAGGAGGCCGACUUCCGGCAGUACAUCGCCUCGUCGGGGUCCGAGGAUGAGGGGGAGGGGGAGGAGGGGGAUGGUGAUGGGACGGGGAAGAAGAAGGCCUCCCGGGAUAAGCUGAGGGCAUUGUUGCUUGGCGGGGGCGAUAGUGAGUUGCCGGAGGGGUGGGGGGCGAAGGGUGGCGGUAGCAAGGGUGAUGGGGGGAUGGGGGCGUGGGGAGACGCGGACGACGACGACGUGGACAUGGAGAUCACGUUCACGCCCGGCCUGAGCGAGAAGAAGGGCGACGGGGAGGAGACGACGCUGGACAAGUACCAGCGGAAGAUGCGCGAGAAGCGGAGGAAGCGGAAGGAGGAGAUGAAGGAGCGGCAUGCGGGGAAGGAAGCCCCUGCAGCGGAUGGGGACGAUUUCUUCGAGGUGGAUGAGGAGGAGACAUCGGCGAAGAAAUCCAGCAAGCACGGGAAGAAGGAUGGCAAGAAGGAUAGGAAGGGGGCGAAGAGUAACGCGGACGACACCACCCCCCGCGUGGAGAGCACGGCCGAAGAACUCGCCCUCGUCGCCACCUCGGACAACCCGAACGCAGAGCCGGCCCACUUCGACAUGAAGGCGAUCCUGAAGGCGGAGAAAAAGAAGAACAAGAAGAAACGCAGGGGCAAGGGCGGCGAGGAGGAGAAGGACCUGCAGGAGGACUUCACGCUCGACGUGAACGACGAGCGGUUCAAGGUCCUGCACGAGGACCCGAGCUUCGCGAUCGACCCGACGAAUCCUCAAUUCAAGAAAACGAAGGCGAUGUCCGCGCUGCUCGAAGAGCGCAUCAAGCGCCGCAAGUCAGCGGUCGGGGACGGGCAGGACGCCCGCAAGAGCAGCCACAAGCGCGCGGCCUCGCCCUCCGCGGACGACGGGGCGCGUAGCUUGCAGAACCUUGUGGAGUCGGUCAAGCGGAAGAGCGCGUCGUCGAGCGGCGGUGCCGAGCCGCGGCCUCAGAAGAGGAAAAAGGCUGCAUGA